AUGAUUCCACCAGCUAACAUCAUGCAAGACGAGAGUUUGGGCAAGGAGAACGAGCGCGAGCAGCACGAGACCCCUCAGUCACCAGCGCCCAGCGCGAGUCAACAGGAGACAAAGGUAGUGGUACCCAAGAAGGUCGGUUUUUAGGUGAUGCGCCCAUUCCAUGAAUCAAUAGAUCGUGAAAUGGUUUAAAAUAGAUAAAGAACCUGCAUGACUGGCUCUCAAUCUGUCUGGAACAGCCAAAGCUUAGACAUUCAACUUUCAAUCAUUUAACCAAAUGGUCAAUUAAUUAUAUUUUGUAUAUAUUUUAAAUGGCUCAUAUAUUGCACAUGGUCAUACUUGUGCAUCAUGUUGUAAACAAAAAUAUUUUCAUACUGUAUAUUCCACCCAUUCAUACAUGUUUCAUGUAUUCAAUUAUGUAUCUAAGUAUCUGUCCCACAAUAGGCAUUCUUCAAGUAAACUUAUAUGAUUGACACAUUUAACCUAUAUAUACUCUGAAAUACUAUUCUAGGCUACUAUGUUGUACUAUAGCUCAAAAUCCUAUAAUAACAACAUUAAUUGUUCCUGAGUUCGAUUUAGUCUGAAUUGAGUUUUCCCACUGAUUCCAGUGAAGUGUUUCCACUGCUUGUUUUCAGCCAAUAAUAAUAUAUCAACCUUGCCAAUGAAAGUACAGUAUCAUAUCCAAGCUUGCCAAUGAAAGUACAGUAUCAUAAACAGCUGAAUAUUUAUGAAUAGGACAGACAGAUGGACCCUAAAAGUUGGUGGGGGUUGCUGCACGUGGGAACUAUAGGAAGGUUCCAGCUCUGCCAUUGGCAUUUUGUCUAAUUUUGUGGUCCACACCUAUUUAUCUGGGUUACCCAUAGCCCUGAGUAAGUCCUAGCUAUAAUUAGCUCUAAAAUACUGGACCAGUCACUAUCACUAUGGUUGUAGAUUUUUAGCCAGUUACACUCCCUUCCUGUCCCAAAUCUCUCUGGCUUAUGUGGGACACUUUAGACAUGCUUCUCAGUUCUCGUAAAUGACAAUCUCAAGUUGAGAGAAACCAUUUCAGUUUUUCCAUUCUCUUUCCUUGGCAGCCAGUUGCUCCAGCGAUGGCAAAAUGAAACAUUUUUCCCUUUCAUUGUUACAUUAGUUUGUAGCACUCCCCAUCUCUACACAUCAGUAAAUGUGGUCGCUAGACUGCUAUUUGAAGGGAUUUGUAGCAGGUAUCCUGGCGUAGUUAGCAGCUGUGGGCAAGCAACUGUACUAAUUUCUUCCAGGUGUCUCAGUUGGGAUGUUAUGGUUGAGUUCCUUUGAGAGAGGUGUGUGACUGUGAGUAUGCUGAUUGCUUUCUGAAUGGAUAAUUAGUUAUUUAGUCAGGUGUCAUGAUACUUUUUUAUUAAUGAGAAAUUAUACCUGUUCCCAGAAUGCCACUUAUACUAGGUCAUUCUAGAAUGUUAGAAUACUGCAUGAAACCAAACCUCACAUGUGUGAUUCAAUGCACAUGGCACAGACUGUUGAUUUAACUCGGAAUGCAUAGUAAACCAUUUGUAAUACAAGUUGCAGAGAAAUAAACAAGGCUUCUUCUUUAAAGACACCAUAUAGGGACUCUUUCAUUUGUUUCAAUGUGACUUUCAUUGUUUUUCCUUUUAAGGGAAAGUUGGGGUUCAUAAAGUAAGAAAAGUGAAGUGCCCUAUCAAAACGUUAAUCAGCCUCUUUGCUAAAACCUCCAUUUUAUAUACUCUCGAUGAGAAACACUAUUUAAGCUGCCUAGGGAAAUUCAUAAUUCAUGAUAUUCCCUGAGGUGUGUUUGGUAAAUUAGCUUUUAGAUUGAAAUCCCCCGUUCUCAUUAGCCCCCUGUGAAGUAUGAUAGAGUGGCUCUUUUUAAUCUUGUUCAUGUGGCUAUUGCUCUUGUGAUGGAUCCUGUAUCAACAGCCAGGACAUUUCCUAAUGGGAUCCCCACAGUCUGGUCUGUUGAUUCAUUUAUUGUCUUAUUAUGCUGAGGAAGACCUUAAUGUAGAGUUCUAGUCUUGAGAAAGAGAACACUGCAGCCUUGAGCCUUUACUGUUUAUGACGAAGCGCAUUGAGUGGCAGCUGCCUUUAUAGAAAUAUAGCUGAAAGUUCUUCAUAGUUUGUUUUAUUAUUCAUGGAAGGGGAGCAACAUACCAGUAAACAUAUUUUCUAUAGAAUAGAAAACAUGGCAGAUAAUUUUAGAUGGGCAUUGAGGUACAGUAUGUUUUCUGUUUCCUUCCAUUAAAUCACAGCGCAGACACAUCAUGCCCUUAUUGAGAGAGGGAGAGAGCACAAUAUAUUUUUGAUAGAUCCCACCUCUCCAAUUCUCCGACUUCUUUAAUGCGCACAAGUAGGGCCUUUAAGGAUUCCAGCCACUAAGCUCAUGAUAGAGUGGGUAACACAGAUGCUCAUAAAAUACUGACUUCUGGUGUAUUAUGUCUCUCUCUCUGGUCUUAGUAGAGAAAAAAGUGCAAAAUGCAAUGAUAACACAUCUGUAUUUUGUCCAUCCCCAAGCUAGAACUUUUUUUUUUUAAAUAAUUAUACUUCUCAGCCAGGUCAUGUUGAAAUGGAGAACAGGUAUUCCUUAGAUACGUUAUCAGCUCAUGUCUUACCCCAUCUUAUCUGUUUAAUUCAAUUAUAACAUUGCAAUUUGACUUUCAAGAUGCCACAAUUUAGGAUUAAUUUUUUAUUUCAAUCUCAUUACUGAGAAGGUAAGCAGACAAAAAAGGCAGCCUUUCUCAAUGAGGAAGUAGGCUGGAUCUAGACAUGAUCGAUAGGUAUUUUAUUUUCCAAUCACCAUCUCCUAGAGUCAAGGCUAGACUACAUCAAAGCUUAAUUGUGAAAAGACAGCUUUACUGAACUCCCAGAGUACCAUGGUGUGUGGGUGGUAGGGGGUUAGUAGGGGGCUGAAUUAAUUGUUUCCAGAUUGACCAGAUUGAUCAACAUGUCAUGAUCACAUACACACAUGCUGCCAAAACUCCACUCAGUUUCACUGCUGGAUUCAUUUGAAUGGAAAAUACAACAGGGGAACACGUUGCACAUUGCAUUAGAAAAAAUGCAAUCAUUGGUCACCACAGGAGAUUUGUUCAUCCAACAAAACAUUUUAUUAUCCUCAACACUUUCCAGUCAUGGAACCUGGAAAUCAUUGAGGCCAAUGUAAUGAAACCAGAUCAACAGCAGGGACAAAAUGCACCUAAAUGACAAGAUGAAAAUAGGCACUCAGUCCACCAUGGUGUUGGGUCCCAUUACAGACCCAGCCCUGAACAUAAUGGUUUUAAUGAGUCCAUUCUCUGACCACCAUUCACCAUCAUUUAUAAAGAAGUGCUCUUUAAUGUGAUGCUGCAGGCACUGACUGGGCAGAUAUACGGAGGCAAUGAAAUUAUAGUUUGGUGGAGAGUCGUUUUGUUGAGAGUUUGUCACGACCCAAGUGGUAAAUGAUAAGUCCUUCAAGAUGAGGAAAUACAUUUGUAGAGGUGGUAGAGGAGCCAUUUCCUGUCUCCCGGGUUGCUCUAUAAAUUAUACCAACAAAAAAAGAGAAGCCGUAAGGAAAUUGAUUCAGGUUAUGGCCCAGCAUGGUAGAAAUGAUUCCUCCAUGAUGCAAAGCAUAACCCGGUUGGGGACCGAACCUAUACAGCGUUUUUCUCAAAAGAAAUGCAGGUUGCCUUUGCAAUUUCAGUGGCCACUUAUGAACAUCAGAAAUAUACGAGUGACUUAUAUGAGUGAAAAUUCAUGAAUGGUUUUCUCUUUCAGUUGAGGCAAGACUCAAUGUGAGUUAUCUUGGAACAGCCCAAUGAGAAGUCAUAAGGAGUAAUUAUUUUAUGGCACCUUUAUGGAGCAAAGAUACCCAUGCUACAGUAAUGAAGCCAAUUUGAAUGAAUUUGAUACAUACUGUACAAUAUUAUACGAUAAUAAACAAGUUUUAAAGUCAAUUUCUUCUCAAUCAAUUUCUUGAUCGCUCUCUCUCCCUUUCUCUCUCGCUCUGCAGAUGCAGAAGCUGAAGCGCUCCCUCUCCUUCAAGACCAAGAGCAUACGCAGCAAGAGCGCUGAUAACUUCUUCCAGCGCAACAACAAUGACGCCAAGCUGUCGACGGAGCUGCUCUCUGACAACAGCAGCAGCACGUGCCAACUGAGCGUAAUCGGGGUGGCGGUGGCCCAUCCCGUCCACCCCGUCCACCCAGUCCACCCCGUCCACCCCGUCCACCCCGUCCACCCCGUCCACCCAGUCCACCCCAUCCACCAUGCCCCCCCUCUCUCAACCUCCAACCUGGUGAUCUCUAAUGCGCCCCCGGCCAUCCCGUGCGCCCCCCCUUCUUUGGUCUACUCCCCGGGACGCCACCCCCUUGCCAUCGACCCCACUGGACACGGCUUCAUGGAGCACAUCUUCAAGAAGCCCACCUUCUGCGACGUCUGCAACCACAUGAUCGUAGGUAAUAGCCACCCUCCAAACUCAAACAAACAUUCAGACUGUAUUGUAUUGCAGGGAAACCUCAAUGUAGAUGCUCUGGAAGGUGCCACUUAUCCAGUGACUCUCAUUGAUGUUUUUAAAUUCUCCUCUGUAUGAAUGAAAUGAAUGAAUGACGUUUUUUUUGUGUCAAAUCGCCAAUUGGCAACCCAUCCCUUAUGGGAUUAAUUGACACAUAAACAAACAUUACAAUAAUUCACUGUGGUAAUUCAAUGAUAAUUCUUCUUCCGGUGUUCUCUGCAUUGCGCAUCGCAUAACGAGUGAAAAAAUGUAAGGUAAAAAUCAAUACAUAAUAGUACAUAAGGUUAUCCAAACAAUAAUUAUAUCCCUGGAGCCGUAAAAUAAUAUACAUACAUACACACUGUAUAUAUACACAUACAUACAUAACGUAUACAGAUGAAUAAAUACAGAAAACAAAAGAAACAGAAGGCAUUUGAACCCAGUCUGGUACAAAGAGAAGAUUCAUAUGGGAGACAAGCCUAUACACAAUGUAUAUAGACACGUGCCAUUUACAUUUUAGUAGACGCUCUUAUCCAGAGCAAUUAGGGUUAAGUGGCUUGCUCAAGGGCCCACCGACAGAUUAUUCACCUAGUCGGCUCGGGGAUUAGAACCAGCGACCUUUCGGUUUCUGGCACAACGCUCUUAACCACUAAGCUACCUGCUGCCACAUUUACCACACAGAAGCUAGAUAUUUGUAAAAUGUUAUUAUAGGUAGCCCUUUUUCUUCUGUUCCAAGCUUUAUCUAAAUAAUUACUGCAUAUGAUAUUCCAAUGAUUCAGAUAAAGCAUUGUUAUGAAAGCACCCCUUCACAGCCGGCUGGACGUCUAGCCAUCAAAAUGUGUCAUACAGUCAUAAUGUAUCCACUAGCUUCAUCCCCAUAGGGACAGUCCAACAGCAAACAUGUGUCCGAGCUGUCCAGGAGCUGCAGUAUGAACAGGGUCCUCAGUGA